GCGAGAAUGGUUGAAAUUUUGAGGAAACCACUGAGUAUUUUAUUAAUAAAAUACUGGAAUUCGGGAAAAAAAUCAUUCUGAUCAAUGAGAGGGAGGCGAUUAUCCGCUGCCAUCAUACCGAGUGUUCAGUUGAGGCUCGCGGCCGGAAAAGACAACAAGUAUGGCUAACCAAGGAGGUAUGUAUUUAUAUAUUAUCAUUUAUUUUCUUCUUUGAACGAUAACGUUCAUUUCUAACAAUUAAAAUUAUUGUUCGUGACUUUCUACAUCCACUGUCCUGUGUACUAAGCGGCGAGAAGCGUAGUAAUUUGAUGAAGAUCGCUUUUAUAAAUCAUACAGAUACUGGAUACAUAGACAACAGAUAGAUUCAUAGAUAUAAACAUAGUUUACCCAUACCGUGUAUAUAAAUAACCCAUAUUUAUACAUUCAUUAUUAAUCAGAACAAGUUAGAUAGAAUGUAUAUUUGUAGUAAUAUAAACCUCCAAAUUGUUGUAUUCUGUUCAACUGUCCUCUAUAUAACAAUAUGAAAUUGGUCGAAGACCCGUACUCAGGAAAUAAAAUAACAACAUAAAACGCUCACUGAGUUUCCAGCGAUAUACAUACCCUUUUCUAGAUAUAUACCUAAUAAUAAUAAACGAACGAACGAAUGUAUUCCUUCCACUCGUGAGCUCAUUUACCAUUGUCACAUAUAGUAAAUGUCCAGGCCUUGUGACCCUGGAUGGGCACUUAAAAGGAAAGAAUACACACACACAAAGAUUCGUUCGUUCGUUUAUUAUUAUUAGGUAUAUAUCUAGAAAAGGGUAUGUAUAUCGCUGGAAACUCAGUGAGCGUUUUAUGUUGUUAUUUUGUCCUCUAUAUAUUGAAUCAGCCAAUCAAAUAUUUUGCUAGUUGAUUGCCCUUUCCAGAAAAGAUCUGCACUCUCCCUACGGAGGAAUUUCUGUCGUCUGGAGCAGGGAUCUACUUCUAAUAAUUAAUUGUAUAUUACACCAGUGGUAGGAAGGGGACUUCUGGAUUCCUCUACCCGAACGGGUGGGGGAACUUCUGAAUUCCUCUGUGGGGGUCCGUCAGGCAGGGGCGGAAAAAGUAUCGGAACCUGGGAACCUAGUUCCCAGAAAUUUUUUGAGUUCAGAGUUUUGCAGAAAAUUUUCCAGAAAAUAUUUCAACAUUUUGAGAUAACUCUGUUUACUCAACUUACAAGUUACAACUAUUCUACUUUACACUGUACACAGUAACAUCAGCAGCUUGCAGCAUAUUUGACAGAAAUUAAUUCUUUUACCCACCCCUGCCAUCACAAUUAGGUAAAAUGGUAAAUAUAUGCUCAGCAAAGUCUCCAAUAAAAUGUAAAUUAAAUAGUAAACAAAUAAAAGUGAUGGAAUAAAUAAGAUGGUAGGACACCUAGUUAAGCGUUAGAUCCUUACUAGUUGGUCAUAACUCAUAACUGUGGUACAUAACAGACAACUAUUGCGAUGUACGAGCAUAUGAAAACACCAGCCUAAAGCCUAUUAUUACUAAAGUACAAAUGAUACAAUAAUUAUGCAUUUGUUUUGUUAUUUUUGUAAUUGUAACAUUGCAAAUUGUACAGAAAAUUUCUAACCUUCGACCCAGGUUCCCAGAAAGAAAAAAAUUUUCCACCCCUGCUGUCAGGUGUAGAUGUUUUCUGGAAUGACCCAAUGAUGGUUGAAAAUUUAGGCAACAGGUUGCUAUAGUUGUUUAACCCAUUGAGCCGCAAUGCGCCCCAGUAUGCGCCCUACUUUUUUACUUGUCUAACGCCAGACGAUUUUACUCGUCAACGGGGAAGCUCUGCAGCUUAAUGGGUUCACAUCAUCAAUUUCUUGAACACAAUGGGCUUUGGUGGCAAAAUUGUAUGAGGUGAUGUUACCGCCAAAAUUCAGAGUGCUUAUUUUUUUAAAUGGAGGCAAUAUUUUUUUAAAAUGGAGGCAUUUUUUAAAAUGAGGCAUUAUUUUUGAAAAUGAAGGUAUUAUUUUUGAAAAUGGAGGUAUUGUUUUUGAAAAUGGGAGGCAUUAUUUUUGAAAAUGAAGGCAUUAUUUUUGAAAAUGGGGGCAUUAUUUUUGAAAAUGGAGACAUUUUUGAGAAUGGAGGCAUUGUUUUUGAAAAUGCAGUCUUUAUCCAGACAUUGUUUUUGAAAAUGCAGCCAUUAUUUUUCAAAAUGGUGAAUUUUUUAUGCAGAGGUUUGGGGACGAGUUCAGCAGGUCCGCGGAACCUGGGGAACAGAUCAAACCUGUCAUCAAACCAAGAUGGCUGCCAUUUCGGCAGAAAUUUAAUUAAACUGCGGAGUAAAUAUCAGAUGAUCUUUCUACUGCAGCUCUUAUAUUUUGUGAAUUGGCGAAUCGAUUACCACAAACACAAGAGAAAUGGACAGCAAAAUGGCGCAAAUAGCAACAAAUCUAUAAAGAAAUGUAUUACGAGAAAAUGUGUGUGUUUAGCAGACAAAGAACAACAGGAAGUUCCAGAUCGUGAAGAAGAAUUGCUAUUGGUAGCAGGACUUGGAGAGGUGAAUCUCAGUGAAAGUGGCUGUUCCACAGACAAACUGCUUACAGUUGCUGGAAGAACAGGUGAAUUAUUAUCCAAUGGUACUACGUAAUCAAGUUGUCAAUUCACGAAAUAUAUGAGCUGCAGUAGAAAGAUCAUCUGCCAUUUAAUCUAGUUUAAGAAAAGUAUGGUUUCUGCCGAAAUGGCAGCCAUCUUGGUUUGAUAUGUACCCCGGGUUUUGGGGACCUGCUUGAACUCGUCACCAGACCUCUGCAUAAAAAAGUCACCAUUUGGCAUUUCCAAAAAUAAUUUCUGCAUUUUCAAAAAUAAUGCGUCCAUUUUCAAAAAUAAUGCCUCCAUUUUAAAAAAAUGCCUCCAUUUUAAAAAAUAAUGCUUCCAUUUUAAUGUCUUCAUUUUCAAAAAUAUUGCCUCCAUUUUAAAAAAUAAACAUGGCAGUAACGGCACCCCAUAAAAUUGUCAGAGUGAGCACUUUGGAAUAAACCCCAAAUCGGCAAAUGACCUUCCCACCAUAGUUUUGUUGUUUUCCGUGAUUAGAUAUAUGGAUGAGCUGCAUUCUCCACAAUUCAGCUUACAGUAGCUCUCAGUUGCAACUGAUGAUAAUUACAUGUAGCUGCCCCCCACUUACUUACUUGAAGCCACAAUUAUCUUGUGUUGGCUCUCUUGUCAAGGAUCUGGGUAAAAAUCCGGUUUUGAUUGGUCUUUUGCUCAUCAAAGGUUACCCAUUUUCUCUUUCUCUUAUUUUAAUUCUCAAGCAAGAUCUCUUAGAAGCAGGAGGGUCAUAAUUUGCAUGAACGACUUUGUCAAUCUACUGUCACCUUCUGGUUGAAUUAUGAAUGUGUGCUUUCAAUAAAUCCUAACAAUUACAGAAUUGCAGAAUAGAAAUAAAAUACUUCAAGAACUUAAUGAAAAGAAAAAGCAGCUUGGGCAACAAACAAGGUAACUUUCAAUACAAAAUUUGCCUUUGUUUGCUUGGGAUCAAUUUAUUCUAAUAACAUAGUUUGUUUCAUACAGUAUAUGAUUAUAUAUCAGGUGAAAUAUGGUCUCAAAUAUGCUGGGAACUUUUGUAGAUGAUACAACUACCUGUACUAGUACUUGAACUUUUGUACAUGACACAACUGCUGUAUGGUACCUGAAAAGACACAAAAAGUGCCCUCUUUCCGGUUGCAAAGUGUCCUUUGCUUUCGUGAAAAAUGUUGUUCAGAUUGCAUUUUUAUGAUUGCAUUUAUUUUUCCUUACCUUCUCCCCCUCCCCCCUCGCCAACAUUUCCGGGAAAAAAUUUUUAGGUGCCCUUUUCAUUCCAAAAAUCCCCUUCGAAACCAGUGCCCCCUGAGCAACUUGAUGCUUCCUACGCCCCUGCCCGGACCUGAACUUUUGUAGAUGAUAUAACUGCUGUACCUGAACGUUUGUACGUGUACAUGAAGUUUGCUAGUUUUCUCAUCCACAAAAGUUCGCUGUUUUGAUAAGAAUAUAUUAAUCAGACAACUAUUGUAUUCUUUGCUAACUACAUUAAUGACAGGCACUGUUCUAAAAUUGCUCUUCUGUCUUUUGUUGCAGUGCGACAGCUGCUCCAUUUUUACCAAGUCAUCCACCAAAAGUGCACGAGGUAAUGCGGAACCCAACAUUUUAAAAAUUAGAUAUUUCGAUAAAAUGUAACUCAUUUUCAAAUUUCCAUGUGAACAUUAAGAUUUUUGCUCAAGAGAAAUAUAAGAAUACUUCAAAAAUAUCAUCUCGUAAAUAUCAUCAAGAUGUGAGUUGUUCAAAGGCAAGGUCUGACGUGCACAAUCUGACAGACAUUUGGCCUGCAGAACAUUCAGCUGACCGAACAUUCAGCUGACAGAACAUUUAGCCACAGAAUAUUUCCCUGAAUGGGCCAGCUUCUUGUGUCGGACUAUUAAUGUUCUAUCGACUAAAUGUGCAGCCAUGAUUCUAACAGGGUUUAUUUCAGGUUCCACGUCAUGCAAGCGAAGCUCACCUGCUAGCCCAAAGACAAGCACUUGAGGUAGGAUAUUAUGAUUAUCAGGUCAAAAAUGCAUUGAUGAAAAUCAUAACCGCUGAAUUUAUGAAAAGUUUGUUAUGAUAUGGUCCAACUCAAGUUACUCAACCAGUUGUUAUAUUUUAUUCUCGGUUGUCUCAAUGAAAGAAUAACCUGUCGUAUGAUAUUCCUGUAUAAAAAGGUGUGUUAGGCUCUUAGCUUUCGUCGUCUACGACAUCAUCUUGGUCAUCAUCAUCAACGUCUCUGAUGAUGUCGUAGACUACGAAAGCUAAGACACCUUUUUAUACUUUUUAUAUUUUUAUAGUUUUUAUAUUAAAAUUUGCCGCCUGAGUUAGGCUUUAUUUUCAGCAGUAGCUUUUGGCCUCACUUGAACACCCAAUUUCAUAUAAUACUAUACUGAAGGACAACUUUGUAGUUUGUACAAUACGUUUACAACAAUUGUGAUAUUACUUUUCUAACUACUGUAUACGUUUAUCCUAACCCAUCCUGCCAACUUUCCCUGUAGAAGGAAACCGGAGCGCCCGGGAAAAACCCGCGACCUCCGGCAGAGCGUUGGGCGCACGAGUUCGUAGCGAGAAUCGAACCCACGAACUCAGGUGAAAGGCGCUUGCUCUGACUACUACACAACCGAAGCCCCAUACUGCACCACCGAAGCCCCUAUCACAGAAUAGAUACACAACCAGAAGUGUCACUCAGACGAUAUUUUGUCCGAAAUUUUACGAGUGCUGACGUGAAAAUACGCCAUCAUAUGACGCCAUCCUGGAGUGCACACGGAAGUUUUUCAUAGGAAAACAUAGGUACAAAGUGCCGUGUGCACUCCAGGAUGGCGUCGUUGCACGUAAAAAAAUUUCGGACGUUUUCCUUCAGUCAAAACACAUAGGAGUGUCCCUUCUGGUCCGGUAUCUAUUCCAACCUCGUCCCCAGGGCCUUUUGAGGAAAGAUGCGAAGGGCAGCUAAGGCCCUGGUAAAGGCUGGUGAAAUAAUCCACAAAUUGUGGAUUAUUUUGUCACGUGAUAUAUCGGAGCAAAUACUAUACAGGGGGUGCGAUCGCGGAUCGCUUUAGCUACAAUAUAUUCGUCAAUAUUGCAUAAACACCGAAUCGACAAAUAAAGAACAAAAAUCCAUUUUAAAGUGAAAAAAUCUGUUAAAGUUCUUCCAAAAAUAUUGAAUAAAUUUGAAAUUGUCUUCAAAUUAGCUCUGAGAACCUUGGUUGAACUGUAAAGGAGAUCUAUUAAAUAGACAAAGCAACAGUGCAAAACGAAUGGAUCGAUAGAAGUAUUUAUACUAUGAAUUACAGUCUGUCGCAAGGAAAUUGCUGCCUCGAUUGUGAAACAGAUAUGUAAAACCACUUUAAUUUAAUAAUAUGGACUCUCAAUACACCAUAUCCAUGAUCAUCAAAACAUUUAAUAGUUAUUGUUGCUACAAUAGAUCUUUCUUGCAAAUGUCAAUAUCAUACACUAUAUAUUUAACAGUUAAAGGGAGUACAAGACCCAAAGAAUGUCUGAAAAACAAGGAAUGUCAACAUCGUAUGCACUUGGAAUUUAAAUGCUUAUGUUAGCCAUAUGUCCUGAGUAUAACCUGGUUGACCUCCAUGGUUAAUUAACAUUUCCUGAAUUUAAUUGAGUUGAAAUAUUUUAUUUGAUUUUCAUUCUUAUCCCAAGAACAUUGUGAACACACAUAUAGUGCUUUGGGUUUAGAUUUCAAAGGCCAAGCUUCAAAACAAAUGUUGUGAUCUUAAUGAUCAGGCAUUCCCAAACAAUUACAUGCAUGAGGGUCAAAUCAGACAGAAAGCCUCCAUAUGCUUUAUCAAGGCUGAAUAAUAUAAUGAGAUGGAAUUAAUUUCCUCAUUAUACUGUUAACAAGCUCUUGUUUUUGUUUUUAAUCAAUUACACAAAUUACUUCCCAGAACAUUAUUUAAGGAGAUUAUUUGACAAGUCAGCAGGUACAUUUUUUCCUGAGCCACAAUUGGGGCAAUUCAGUGUCACUCAUCACAACAGGCACUCAAAAUCACUCACAACAUACAACAGGCAGUUCAGCAUCACUCACCACAAUUGACUGUUCAAUACUGUGUGCCUCAGUAGGCAAAUCAAUAAUCAAUAUUUUGCUCAGAUCAACAACAAAUAUCAAAAUUGAACUCAUUCUCAAAACAUGAUACAAUAACAAGGGGUCUCUUAUGGACAAAUACAAGACACCUGGUGUCAAAUGUAUCAAGUGACAAGAUUAUUCAUCUCUUUUAAUUUAAAUACAUUUUGCCGCCUUGUAAUAAAGUACUAUUUGUUUUGGGGACCAUCAGUUGAGCAAUUUAAAACAUUCGCAGUGUAUGCUUUAUCAGACCUAAAGGUACUUGGCUUCACCUCGUAUCUUUAUACCUGAUAAAACUAUAGUACAUAAAAUAAUAACUAUGAUAUUUAGCCAGAAUAUUAUUAUAAAUGUAUGAAGGAUAUUAUACAUAUAUAUUCUUGAUGCUCAACAUUAUCCGAUAAUCAUUUAACUAUUGAGAAUUGUGUGAAUUCCUGAAUUACUUAUUGUUACAGACUGUACUGACCUCUUGCAAUUAUGGUUAUUAACCAAAAUCUGACAAUGUCUCUAGUUAACCCAUUGAGCUGCAAUGUGCCCCAGUGUGCCCUACUUACUGAAAUUGACUGAUUUGUGGUUUAUGGAUUUUUUUGUGGCAAUUCUUUGGGCAUCACAAGUGCAUUUGUAUAUCUUAAUACACUGUGAGAAUACAAGUAUUAGUAUUUAAAUGACACAAUAUGAUGUAAGUUACCUUUCAGGUAUAUAAUUUGUAUACAGCAUCAGUGGUGUAAAUUGGUUGCCCUGAAUAAAAUCCACUUGCCAUCAGGCAAUGGGGUACCUACGCGGGCCAGUAUAAAUUAGAGAGACAAUAUAUCCACUUAUUGGACUAGUGGCAUUGGCUAUGUUACUGCCUCAGAUCUAGACUACCUCAGAUCUAGCUUUGGCUCACAUAUUAAACAAAAUUUGAAUCAAGUACACUUAUUUAAUGUAACACUAAUCACCAUUAUUUUUUUUUAUUAGUUUUACAAUAAGAAAUUGAAGGCACAGACAACAGGACUAAUAAAGUCCCAAAUUAAGUCCUGCCAUAAAUUAAGUCCUGCCAUAUUUCGUUAUCAUAUCAUGAAUAAACAUUUAAUAACCAAAAAGAGAAUCAAUGCAUAAUAAUUAUAAUCAAACAAUUUAGAUGAAUUUGAUACAGAUGAUUUGCCAGCUUGAACCAAUGUCGUUGAACAGCCUUUAUUCUAUCCGACAAUAAUAAUAUGAACUGAAAGCUGGCCAGCUUUUUGUGGCAAAGCAACUUGCCCGUUUAGGCAACCAAGAGGAAACUUUUACUUGCCCAUCAUGAUAUUCACUUGCCCCGGGCAAGUGUUAAGUUACACCUCUGAGCAUAGUAGUUGCCAUUUGGCAGCUGUUGGUCUGGUUGAAGUGCUCAGAUAAUUUGGGGAGACCCAUGGCAUGCUCUCUCAACAGUGAAGGUUCAAAAACACACAUGCCGGAAUGCUUAUAGAAUACCGCGCCAUUUUCCGCAUUCAUUGACACAUAAAUAAGUACAAGAAUCACUUCAAAAUAGUUUAAGGUAAAGUUUAGAGAUUAAAUCAUAUGAGUAUGUUAGUUUGGUUUACAAGGAAUUAAUAGCGGUAAGGUGUGAAAGUUGUGGGUAUUCUAUAGUUGUAUAAAAAAAGCCAAGCUAAAAGCCCCAAGAAUACCUGAUUGCCACAAUGUCAAAGAGCAUAGUUGCUGACUAAGAAACAUCUAUUAGACCAUGUACAGUACUUGAGUCUUGUGAUAAUAUCAGUGAUAUUGCUUUUGUAUUAUACGAUAUACUGUAAACUUGCUGUUAACAUAUUAUUAAUAUUCAUGGUUGUCAUAUAUCAUAAAAUCAACACACAAAAUUCACACACAAAGGUUUAAAAUAGUGUAUAUUGGUAUAAACGUUUAAUAAAAAUGCAUACAUACAUAACCCAUGGUCGGCAUGGAAUUUUGUCACUUGGCACAGCACUUUAAUGUUUUUUAAUGUUUGUCCCACAUUAAAAUAUAUUGAGUCAAUUAUAUGACAGUGCAACUGUUCAUAUUAAAACGUUCUAAUCACAUUUUACAUGCACAUUUGUAUUCAGUAGUAAUCUUUUCAUAAAGAUACAUCAAAGUCCCAAAUCAAAUUCUUCACUGACAGUAGUGACAGUAUGUUAUUGACUCCCAAACGACAAAUAUUAUAAAACACGCUUCCAAGCUGAAAAGAAAUAUUUACUGUUGUCAGUCAAUGUUUAGACUCUUCUCUUUGAAUCUUGAUCUUCCACAAGUAUUGCUGUUGAUUAUAUUCCAUAUUUUUUUGAAGAACAUCGCAGACUAUAUAUCUAUUUCCACUGUCAGUUGAAAAGUUUAUCAUCAUAGUUUCGGUCUCUGGUUUCAGUCGCAAAAACUUCUAUCGCCCCUUUGCACGGCCAUGUUUGAUAAAAUCAAAGCGGCCCGCACCCCCGGUUUGAAAAGUUAAAUAUUCUGAAAUAUUCAAAAUUUGAAGCAUCACGUGACCAGCCUUUACCAGGGCCUUUGCUGCUUCGCCUCCUUCCUCAAUAGGCCCUGGGGACGAGGUUGUAUCUAUUCUGGGCCCCUAUAUUGAUAAAAAUCCUUUCAAAGGCGCUUGCUCUGACGACUACACCACCGAAGGCCCAUUGCGCCACCAAAGCCCCAUACUGCGCCUCAGAAGCUCCAAACUGCCCCACCGAAGCCCCUAUUGGUAAACGUCCUUUCAAUAUUUUAGUAUGCAAAUUCCAUUUCGUGGGGUUAUUUCAUCACUCAAGAUUCUCUACAUGGCAAUUUGAUCUUACCUGUGAUACCAAGAUUUGAACCUGACUGAAGAACAUUGCAUGAUUGAAAUACAAGAAGAGCUUCUUUACGGUGGGUUGUGUGUGAAUGGCGUGUGAGACCUGGAGAGAACUGUCAGACAUGCGUGGUGUAUACUGCCUCUCAAGAUUGUAAAAUUAAAGGGAUACGGAUAUAUAUAAACUUAUAUGUAAAUCUCCUUUACCGUUUAUUCGUAUCUUGCUUAGUUUUUGAAAUAUUUUCACUUAAAAUAUUUAGCUGUCUGCCAUCUUGGAUAUAUUUUUAUCUCAUUAUCGGUGAUUUUAGUGCCGUCAAAAGCGGUUAUAAAACUACAUCUAAUAACAGUAAGUCUUGUGUGAAAAGUUGGCAGUCACUUUCUUAUUUGAAAAAGUUACUGAAGUAUGAUUUUGGGCUCAUAAUAACCAAUUGCUCUCUGGUUAAAAUACUUGCGUGACCCUGCUUAUGACGUAACAUGUAUAUCCGCCAAAAUCCGGGAUGGCGGAAUGCUCGCUGAUUUGUGAUUUUUUCUGUCAAAAUAUCUCAAGAAAUAAUAAAGUUACGCAAAAUCGGUAACGGAGACAUAUAAUUUUAAAAGUUCUUCGAAAUGAAAUAAUAAGAAAUAUCCCUUUAACUGCAAAAGCUGGAGUUUCACGCCGAAUUCAGUUGCACUCAAUACAGAACAUGUUAUCUGUUUUGCGAUAACUUGCAUUACUAGUGGGUACAUCUGAUAUAUCCAUGGAAUAUAUUAAUAAAAUUGGCCAGAAAAAUAAAACAUAUGUACCUUUUGUA